AUGCAGAAGCUCCGCGAUUGGUAUACCCGCAAGACCCCCGUCGAACUAUGGCUGGAGCUCCUCCGCCAUGCCGAAGCAUUCGAGGAUUGGGAAGAGGCCGCCCUGCACCUCGACAACCUGCUUGGAUUGGACUUGUGGAGAAAUAACCCAACGUCAAAAUACUACGAUUACCGUCUGAUCAACGAGCGUCUCAACUCUCUAAUCACUGCCAGGGAGGAUGGCAACCUUAAUGCGCUGGUCAACCUCCUUCGCUCCGGCCUGGUGCGGAAUCUGGGCAACAUCACCUCGCCUACCCUGUAUAACCGAUCCUUCGCCGGCACCAAGUAUCUGAUCGAAGAAUACAUCACCCAAAUCGCCGAGGCGGUCGAAGACAUCACUCAUUUGCCGACCACCCCGCCCUCCGACGGCAAUGGCGCCCCCAUCGGGUUGACAAACCAGAUGAAGUUGGAUUUCAUCCACGAUACUAGACAAGCUUUUGGCAGGAGCACCCUCGUCCUGCAAGGCGGUGCGAUAUUCGGAGUUUGUCAUCUGGGAGUUGUGAAAGCGCUGUUUCUUCGGGGGUUGUUGCCGCGCAUUAUUACUGGUACUGCUACGGGCGCCCUGAUCGCAGCUCUGGUCGCCAUUCACACCGAAGAGGAACUUCCGCACGUGCUCAAAGGAGAGGGCAUCGACUUGUCCGCCUUUUCUGGGAAGUCAAAGUCUGAGAAGGGGCCGCCAAAGGAACAGUCUUAUGCAACGAGGUGGAGCACUCUGUUAAGACGGAUUAGGAGGUUCUCUCGGGAGGGUUACUUCCUCGACGUUAAAGUUCUUGAGGAGUGUGUGCGAGCUAACGUCGGCGACUUGACGUUCGAGGAGGCGUAUAACCGGAGCAAGAGAGUACUCAAUAUUACAGUUGCAACGGCUGGACAGGGCGGCGUGCCAACGCUGCUCAACUACCUGACAGCACCGAAUGUGGUCACUUAUCUGGACCGCGGCAGUGGCAUCCAAUGCCUCCUCGGCUAG